AAUCGCUCCUCAGUGGCAACAGGUCGAUUAGGACAAAAUUGCCAUUGCGGUUCCAGGUUGAAGGCAAAAGAUGAGCAGCUCCGCGCCCACCAGCGCCACCAGCUCCUGGCACAAGCGCGUGGGGCGUCAAAAGCAACAGGCCAACAGCAAGCUGGGCUCGUGGUUCGUGAGCAAAUUCGCGAGCAAGAACAAGCUGCUGCGCGAGCACGACGAGGAGACGGCACAGAAUCAGCGGCGUCGGCCGGUCGGUACGCUCAGCGCCGUGACAAACCAGCAGCAGGCGAACGCUGCGCGGCGCGAGGAGCUCAGCCGCAACAAGCCUGUGCGCCAGAAGAGCUUCCUGCGCCAGCAGCUACAGGAAAUGAAGCGGCAGUCGGCCGAGGCGUUGCAACGCGCCCAGAAGCGGAUGGAUGGGGAGAUAGUCGAGGUAGAUGAAGACGAUCUUGAAGAGAAAUCAUCUUCCGAUGAGGAGGAAGGGCUCCACGUGGUCGACGACCCGGAGGACGCUCUGCGUGGCAGUCUAAGCAGCAACCCGGCGUCGUCUAGGAGGUCCAGCACCUGCUCGCGACGCCGCAGUGCUGCCGAGGAACAACAGGAACGCGAGGAUGAAAUUCUGGCCCAGGAAACUCAGAGAGACGAGUACUCGGAGGAGGCGAAUCGACGCAUGAGUCAGGCCACGCAGCUGUACGCUGAGGCUAUCAAUGCUUUGGACUACGCGCUGCAUCCGGAACGCCAACCGGACCGAGAGCCAUCUCCAAAGCCAUUACUUCUUGGCGUCAAGAAAGGAAGUGCGAAUAUGCCCAAAAGUGAGUGGAUUUGAGCAAAAUAUUUGAAAAAAGUUUUGGGUAACGCCAGACUGACGGAAGGAAGGCAGUUUGAAGACGUGACGGAAAAAAAAUGGGUGACAAAUUGGACGGUGGAGGUGUAGGCGGUGUAUAUCAAGAUUUUCUUCGCCAAGUGGAGGACGUAGCAGUAGUUUGGUAUAAAAGGCGACGGCGAUAUUUUAUUUUUUUUUUGGAAAGUACUUAGGAAGAGCACUAAUUACAGUAGUAAGAGAGUAUGAACGGUGAAUAGCAAGCGAUAAAGCUACGUGUAUUGGCAAUCUCUAAGAAGAUCGAGAGAAUGCAACAAAGUGGGGGUCUUCUAGUGGAUGAGUCUCCACACGAACGUAGCCGUCAAACGUCAACUUGUCCGUCUUCAUCUCGGCAAACGUUUGACGUUGGAUCUUGACGUCAAACGGCAAGUAGCUACAAUACACAACAGUGGUAUUAUAAAUAUAAAUCCAAGAAU